UCGUUAGCGUCAGAUUAUCCAAUAUGAGUGAAUUGACGGAGAUUCAAAGCUUUUAUAAGGGGAAGAAUGUUUUUAUAACCGGAGGAACCGGUUUCAUGGGAAAAGUGCUCAUUGAGAAGUUGCUUUUUAACUGUAGCGAUUUAAAUAUGAUUUAUAUUUUAAUAAGACCGAAAAGAGGCCGAACACCUGACCUUCGAGUGGAUGAAAUGUUUAAAUUACCCAUGUUCCAAAGAAUCAGAAAGCUGAAACCGCACGUGUUGAAGAAGGUAGUGGCCCUGCCUGGAGAUGUUACCAUGGAGCAAUUGGGAUUGACCAGUGAACAACAAGAAAUGUUGAUAAAUGAAACGGACAUUGUAUUUCAUUGCGCGGCGACGCUUAGAUUAGAAGCAAAGUUGAAGGAUGCCAUCGAAAUGAACACGAUCGGAACGAAGAGGGUGUUGGAUCUCAGCAAAAAGAUGAAGCGUGUAAAAUCGUUUGUGUAUCUGAGUACUGCAUUUUGUCAUCCUGAUCAAGAGGAACUUGGGGAACGAGUAUACGAUGCUCCGGACGAUCCUCAGGAUGUAAUGAGAUUGGUGGAAUGGCUGGACGAUAGCGCCAUUGAUCUCAUCACUCCGAAGUUGUUGGACCAGCAUCCGAAUACUUAUACAUAUUCGAAGCGGUUGGCCGAAAAAUUGGUGGCCGACGAGUAUUUGAACUUACCUUGCAGCAUCGCCAGACCAUCGAUCGUAACUCCUGCUUGGGGGGAACCGAUGCCUGGAUGGGUAGACAACUUGAACGGGCCGGUAGGACUCAUAGUAGGUGCAGGGAAAGGAGUCAUAAGGUCGAUGCACUGUAAUGGGAAGUAUCACGCCGAGGUGAUACCCGUUGAUCUAGCUAUCAAUGCUCUAAUAGCGAUUUCAUACAGGACAGUUACCUGGGACAAGUCAAAAAACAUGCCGGUAUACAAUAUCACGCAAAGCGGCGUGAAACCGAUCACCUGGGGGGAAAUAUUGGAGAAGGGCAGAACGAUUGCUUACAAAUAUCCCUUCGAGGGACAGGUUUGGUAUCCGGACGGUGACAUACGCAGCAGCAAGUUCGUGCACAAUCUCUUCGUUUUCUUCUUCCAUAUCAUUCCGGCUUACUUGAUCGACUUUCUUAUGUUGAUAUUCCAGCAAAAGAGAUUUAUGGUUCGCAUUCAAAAACGAAUUUCGGAUGGACUGGAAGUGUUACAGUACUUUACAACGCGGGAAUGGGUCUUCCAUAAUACAAAUUUGUUGAUAAUGUGGGGCGAAAUGAGUGCCGAGGAUAAAAAAAUAUUCCCGAUUGACUUUCUAACAAUCGAUGAGGUGGAAUAUAUGAAGCAAUGCCUUUUAGGCGCACGACAAUACUGUAUGAAAGAAGAUCUGUCCAGUUUGCCGAAGGCUCGUAGACAUCAAGCACUGAUGUACGUUAUUCAUAUAACCACCGUGUACUUGUUUUAUUUCGGAAUGCUCUGUCUUAUCUACAAGAACUUCGAGAUCGCCAGAUUCUGUUUGGAUUCCAUUAUGGAAUACAUCAAGUGUUUGCCUGUUUUGGGUGGAGCGAUUCAAAAAAUUCAUCAGUGA